AUGGAGAGACCUGCCGCCGCCACCCCUCAGAGUGCUCGUCUUCGCAGCCAAGCAAAGGAAGUGAUUUACAACGUAAAUCGAUAUUUCUUGGAUGAGAAAGCCAACCGAGGACCUUUACUGCCAGUCACGCAAGCUCUUGCUCGGACAGCCAGUGCCACUAAAGUAAGCCAAAGUACAGUUAAAAGAAUUUGCUCAAAACUAAACCAGCAAUGGGAGACAGAAGAUGAACAUCAAAAGCCUGUGUUCCAUUCACCGAAAAAAACUCAGCCGGCAACAGUGACAAAUUUCGAUGAUUUUGAUCAGUGUGUCCUGAGAAGAACUGUUUUGGAGUUAUAUGAAAGGAAGGAAAUCCCUACAGUUUCCAAAAUCACGGAGAUUCUCCGGGAAAAAAUAUCCUACAAAGGCAGCGUCGAGUCCCUUCGAAAAAUAUUAUUGAAAAUAGGAUUUAAAUUUUCGAAGAUUGAUGGCCGCAAGUUCCUUAUGGAGCGAAGUGAUGUGGCACUGACUCGCACCAGAUUUUUAAGACAAAUGCGGCAGUGCAAACAGUCAUUUGAAAACUAUGUUUACCUUGAUGAAACAUGGGUAAAUCAAAACUACACUGUCGGAAAAUGUUUGAUUGACACCUCUUCUGACAAAGCAACAGGAGUGAACCCGCCUACUGGUAAAGGAAGCAGAUUGAUUAUUGUCCAUGCAGGAACCAAAGAAGGGUUUGUUCCGAAUGCAAGGCACAUUUUCCAGGCGAAAAAUGACGGCGACUACCACAAGCAGAUGAAUGCUACAGUGUUUCAAGAAUGGUUUGAGACUAAGCUGCUCCCAAAUAUCCCCCAGAACUCAGUCAUUGUGAUGGACAAUGCAUCCUAUCAUUCUGUUCAUCUAGAAAGAAACCCAACUACAGCAUGGAGAAAAGAAGCCAUUAAGGAGUGGCUGAUAGCGAAGGGAGCACAACCACGGGACGACAUGCUGAAGGUGGAGCUCUAUGACCUUGCAAAGAAACUCUGCAAUGGCAAGAAAACUUAUGUCAUCGAUGCUAUUGCUGCAGAGGCAGGACAUAAGGUUGUACGGCUGCCCCCAUACCACUGUCAGUAUAACCCGAUUGAGCUCAUCUGGGCUCAGGUCAAGUGUUACGUUGCAAAGAAAAACACUUUCAAAUCUGCUGAACUGAAGCCUUUGGUUGAAGAAGCUGUCGACAGUAUAACACCAGAAAACUGGAAGCAGGCAGUGAGGCAUGCAGAAGAGCUUCAAGAACAAGAUGCAAGACAAGACAUAGCGGUUGAGAGAUUUGUGGAGUCAUUCGUUGUCAACAUCGAAGAGAGCUCAGACGACGAGUUAUCUGAGUAA